UCGCCUUCCCAACCCAGCCUUACCGAUCGCGAUGCAAUUCUACCCGUCUACCGCUCUUGCCUUGCUCGUCGCUGCUACCUCCGCUGUCGGCGAUGUCUAUAAUCCCAUCGGUCAGCCCUGCUCUCCUCAGGGCGCGGAAGGGUGUGCGAACGACGUACCGAGCCUCAACGGUGGUAACGCAUUCGUCUACGAGUGUGGCCCUGCCGACAAGUUUGUGUACGUUGCCGGAUGCGCGUGCUCGACGUGCUGCACGGCUACCACCAAUGGGGCGUAUUGCACUUGAGGAAGCCAGUGGUCGAGGGCCCGUUAUAAUCACCAGUAAUCCACGGAGAGGUUGUCUUUGAUUGUGUAACGGG